CUCGUUAGGUUUACUGAUCAAUAUGUCAGAUCUGAGAGAACAAUACUUCGUUUUCAACGAGCAUGAACAAGUUUUCAAAUGUAAAGUUGAUGGAUGUACUGGAAGAAUCAAAGACUCAACGAGUAGUUUGCGGCGCCACAUGGCGCAACUUCAUCCGGAUAUUGCGGCUCGAAUGGGAAUAACGGCCUAUAAGCGAAAAUCACUCCAAACUGAACCUCCGCGCCCGGCAAAGAGAUUGAAAGCGAUUACUGUGUACGUAGACCCCAUCGAGUUUCAUUGCUCCCUUAUGCAAAUGCCUGCGGCAAAAUCGAUCCCCUUCAACUUUUUCAACUCCAAGCCCUGUCGGUCAACGAUUGGAGUAUUGGCUAAAGCCCUGAAUAUACCGGCAUACGGCGAAGCAGUUGCUUCGGAUGUUACCAAAAUUGCGAAUAUCAUACGACAGAUGAUCUCGGCAGAGCUGCAGGGCUUCUUCUGCCUGGAAUUUGAUGGUGCUCAGCGGCACAACCGUAAAAUUUUUGGCAUAAACGCCAGAGUACUCGCGAAUGGAAAAUUUAAAACACGCACACUGUCCAUGAUGGAAAUUUCAACCCGUCAGACUGGUGAAAACUUAAAAACGCGCAUAGAAGAAGUACUGGCGAUUCACAAAACUGACGUGAAACAUAUUUAUUCGUGCACAACCGAUAAUGGGAAAAAUAUGUUAAAAUGCGUGUCCGAGUUAGAUAAAUCCCAGCAAUUGGCUCUGGAUGCGGAAUUUAACGCUCAAAGCGAUGAAAACGCUACUGGAUCAGUGCCAGAAGAAGAUGGAAUUGAUCUAGAAAACGAACUGGAGGAUACCACCGAAGGAGAUGUAGCUAAGCUAGAUGACGAGGUGGAUGAAAUGCUUGAGGCUGUGGAGAACAUUUUCCUUGAUGGAAAUGAAUCAUGUAUCGCGACACUAAAAUGUACUGCCCACACUGUAAAUCUCGUGGUGAAGGAUGUUGUGAACGUGGAUGACGAAGUACUAAAGAAGAUCCGAAAAGUCACGAAGGCGUGCCGCAAAACUGAGUACGGUCCGUUUUUCGAUUUGGGCAAGAUACCACUACCCAAAGUUGAUGUUGAAACACGAUGGGGCUCUUUGUUCAAAAUGAUCGAAAGUUUCCAUCACAAUGCACUAUUUUUUAAGGACCUGGGGCAAAAGUUUCCGGAACUUAAUUUGACAGAUGAAGAAUGGGUGUAUAUUGAAGAGUUCAUUGCCGCAUUCGAACCUUUGCACGUCGUCUCAAAAAAUGUACAAGCCGAUGACCUCGUUCUGGGCGAUGUGUACAAGUUUUUGAAAAUUUGCCAAUUGAAGAUUAAAAAAAUUCCUGCCGGCAAUCGAUUUUCUGAAUCUCUUGAGAGUGCAUUACAUACACGGGCUAAAAAAAUGCUGGACAAUGAUGCAGUCAGAGCGGCUCUACUUUUUGACCAGCGAUGGUGCUUUGUGGAUUCACCGUACGUAUCUACUGAGGACAAACUGGCUGCAAUCGUAAGUAUUAUCUUCAGUAUUCUUAUUAACACGAUGCACCUGGACCUCAAUUUAAGUGAUGGAUCGAGGGUGCACCAGAAAGUUUUUUUUAACCUAAAUGGGUUCAUUACUACAAAACUUUCAGGGCGAUGCAAAACAUUACUGGUGGUUAAACGUGGUUUAAUUGGGCUGAGAGAUAUCCGGGGAUUUCAGAGGUUUAAGUGAAGUUUUCGGAGAU